GUAAAUGAGACGAACCAAACUUUUGUUUUGGCGCGCGCGGCCAUAUUGAUGGAACAGCUGUUACGCUCUGUGCGGGCUCUGAUUGUUUUUAUAAUUUUACUAAUGAAAAAACGUGUAAAAAUAUGUGAAUACAACUCGAUAAACUAUGGGACACCGUGAAUAUGUGAAAUACAGUGUGGUUAAAUAUUAAAAGUGUAGUUAUGUGUAUGUGUUUUCAGUAACAGUCAUGGCUUGUGGCUUACAUUUCGAAGACAAUGACAUUUCCACGGAGGAGAUGGAAUUCCAGGCAAAGUGGAGCAGGUUUUCGGACUGGCUGCACUGCAUGUGCGUGGUCACGUUCGACUUGGAGUUGGGGCAGGCUAUGGAGAGUGUUUACCCCCCAGGGGUGAAGUUGACAGAUCAAGAAAAGUGCAAUAUUUGUUACUUGGCGUUCCCUGACUCUAACUCGGGAUGUAUGGGUGAUACGCAGUUUCACGUGCGGCUACGGUCACGCGCGCCGCUCUCGCGUCAGCAGUUGCUGUAUAAUGAGGACAGCGUGCCGACAUUACGCGCGGAUGCGACGCAUUACUGGGGCUUCGUCUAUUUUCGUCAGGUUAAAGACCCGUCGCUGCCUCGAGGAUACUUCCAGAAGAGCAUAAUUCUGCUCACGCGGCUACCUUUUAUAAACCUGUUCUACAAGGUUAUUCAACUAAUCGCGCCCAAGCAUUUUGAAGAAGGCGAGAGUAGUCUUGAAGCUGCCUGCCAUGAUAUAAAUAGAUGGCCAGCUCUAGACGCAGGACAGAAUGUUCUACUACCUGUUUUGGGCACAGUUUUCCAGUCAUACAUUCCUAAUCAACAAACUGGUAAGAUCACACGUUCGGAUAUAGCUAAAGUAAUGUCUCCAAAUGUACCUCAUAUAUUAGCUUCUAUACAAGAUGUUAACGUGUUUGAUGCACUGUCAUCAGUUAUAUCGCACUUACAUUUGCUUUGGGAACUUGUGCUAACUGCGGAACCUAUAGUGGUAAUGGCAAGUUCUCCGACAGAGUGCUCAGCACUUGUCCAAGCACUUACACACCUAAUCCAGCCUCUUCCAUAUGCUGCUGAGUACCGACCAUAUUUCACUAUACAUGACAGCGAAUUUAAAGAGUUCACCAGAAAGCAGUACAACCCACCUUGCGUAAUUUUAGGCGUAACAAAUCCAUUCUUCACAAAAACAUUGCAACAUUGGCCCCACACUAUCAAGUUGGGUGACCCAACGUCUAUGAAAUCGAAACUGCGAAAAGUUGGUAAUAUAAAGCUAUUAGACACAGCACCAGGUGUCUACACACAAUAUAAAACGUUCCUGGAGAAAGAUAAAGCUAUAAUCAAGAAGCUACAUAAUGGGAUAAAGUCUGACCGUCCGUCAGAAGUCCAGACUGCAAUGGUGCGGAGACAUUUGCUAGAACUAACUCAAAGCUUCAUGAUACCAUUGGAAAGGUAUAUGGCUUCUUUAAUGCCACUGCAGAAAAAUAUAUCACCAUUCCGAGCACCACCAAUACCGAACCCGUUCAAUCCUGAGGACUUUUUUGCAACAUUACAACAAGCCGGACCUCAAUUGACAUCCGGUAUUAAAGGAGACUGGAUAGGAUUAUACCGAAGCUUUUUUAAAACUCUAAACUUCAGCGCCUGGUUCCAUCAGAGGCAUAGCAACUUAACAAACAAGCUACAUGCUUUACAGCUUGAGGCAUUAGCUGAGAGUGACUUGAAACAGUGGUCAAUAGGUAAAAAGGAAGUGGAAAUUGUGGAUAUGGUUCUAAAGCUGCGGGAAGUGUUGAAAAAUAAGCCGCCGGUAGCAGAUAACACUCGGACAUUGCUAGCGAGGCGUUUGGAUGAUCUGAACUGUGUGUUGCCAGAGGAUAUGAAGAGUAUCCUGAAUGCAGGAUUGUGACACGAAGAAUGCUGCGCCUCGAGGCUGAGAGGUUGCAGCGCGGACUGCAAAAUUCAGUUGAGCUACUGCAGGGCUAUCCCUUGCUGUUAAGAGAUUUAAUUCACACUUAACAACAGGUUUAAGACGCAGGAGGUGCUGCUGAUACAGUGCUAGGUCAUCAUGAGUGUAUUAAACUUGACUCAUUGUGCUAUCUGAGCAUCAAAAGUGACAUAAUGCAGCUUGUCUCAUAAAGUUCUGCAAUCAGACGGGUACAGUGACAAAUACCACAUGUAUGUUUAUUUUACAGGCUUUUUGUUUUUAACUUGCAAGUUAAAAUUGACCCACUUCCCUGUUUCCAAUGAAGCUAAAAAUUUUCAUACAUAUGUAAGUCGGGUGACAAUGCAAUAUUAUGGUACCAUCGAGCUGAUCUGAUGAUGGAGAUAGAAGGUGGCCAUAGGAACUCUGAUAAAACAACGCAACCUAAUUGCGUUUGGGGUUUUUAAAAUUGUCUCGAUGAGUAUUAGUUGCCUGUAGAAAGAAAAGUACAGUCAGCGAUAAAAGCUUGUAUCGAAAAUUAAGUUGCCAAAGACUUAUUUCGCCUUAUUACAAAGGAGUAAGGUGCAAAAGUGUAAACAUAUCUUAGACGACUGUACCAGUGGCGCCGCGUCAGUUUAUCCUUUGAACAACCCUGGAGCUAAUUCAGCUUAAUUUUUCUGAGACCUGUUGGAUGUUUGAAGUAAAAGAUCUGUAGACUCUCCGCCACUGUUACAUCAAAGAAACUUCUUUCAUAAUGUGAAAUUCGAUUGCUCAGGGAUGGAAUGUCACGAUUUCGUGGAUGGGACAUAUCGUCAGGUGACAACUAAAACUCAGUAAUAACUAUCACAGAGCCAUAGUGAACAUUACUCGCAACAAAACAAGGUUGAUUUUUGUUUAAUAAUAUUUAUGCAAUUGGUGAGUUUUGGUUGUCACCUGGCGAUAAGACAUGUUGAUUUGUGGGUUAUGUCGUAUUAAUUAGGACAAUACAUAAGUAAGAGUUCUCUGUCAUUUUAUGUAUUCUUAGGCGAAGUAUGCCCAGGCCAAUGUUGAAUGAUCGAUUCAAUCUUGUCUACUACAGUCAGGAGCAAUACCUAAGCGGCCACAAUGCUCAAAAUGUCCUGAACACAAUUUUGUUAAGAUCAUGAAUAGAGCAUGUGCAGAUUAUUUUGGACACCUGGCCCGAUUAAUUACUUUUGCUGCUCACUGUACAGCCGCCAUCAGAUACGUCGGAGCGGAGCUUAGAUGUUCUGAUAUUUUCGCGCACCUUGGGCGCUCUGAUAUACACCUGAUGAUCAUUGUACAAGUUAAUCAAAAAUUAUAAAACAACAUACAAAUUGUCCUUUUCUGACCCUGAAUUUAGAAUGAAUUAUCAUUGACUUUAAUGCUAAUUUUAUACGGCUUCUUGUAAAAAUGACAAUGAUUAGGCUGUGCUCCAUUACAGGUCGUAUUUCUCAAGCGAUUAGUCGGAUUCACACAGAGCGAGCAUACUGUUUUGUGCGCGAGGAGAUUGCCUUGCCAGUGUAGACGUGCCUCGGCCGAGGCGGCGCGCGCGUUUUCCUCGCUCGACACGCCUAUUCUCGAGAAUUUUUUUUUUGCCGAUUCAACUUCUGUUUUUAUUUAAAGCCACUAGUUAAAAUGUUCAGUACCCCUAGUGUAACUAAAUUUGAUUUUGAAACGUGACGUACGCGUUUGCGUUUAGUCUCAUUUUGUAUGGGUUUUUGAACAGCGCGCCAAGCGGGACGUUUUGGAAAGUCAAAAAUCUCAUACAAAAUGACACUUAACGCAAACGCGUUCGUCACGUUAUGAUGUCGAUCAAAGUUACACUAGGGGUACAGAGAACUCUACUUCCAUUGCUACUCAGUAAGGUUUAGUUAGCUUAUACAGAAUGAAGUAAAUACCUUGUUUAUUUUCUCACCUUGUUGAAAUAACGUUUUCCUGCUAUAAUUAGGUAAAUUAGUUAUUAAGUAACUGUAAAUAGCUAUUAUUUCAUACAAGUGACUCAGAUUUGUUUUUACCUACCGUCGUUAAGAUAUUGCCAAUACACGAAAAUGCGUAACACGUAAUGUAAUUCAGCACAGGACGGCUCCUUAGCCUACUUACGCAGUGGCUUACGUGAGCUAAUAAAUCGCGAACGCGAAGUGGCGCGGCGGGGCGCGGGUGAAUCAAUCCUUUGAUACCUAUGGAAGUGUGCCGCCGCGCCGCUUUGCGCUCGCGAGUUAUUCGCUCUCGUAUGCCGCUGCGUUAGCAUAAUUUACUUUCUAUAGGUACAUCUCGCUCGCACUAAUAUGCUAGUACCAGCGAGAUGCAUAGAAAGUAAGUUACGCACAAGCUAGCUAAUAUGUCAGUGUCAGCCUCGUAGUAACUCGUUGCUUUGACUUUGCCGUAAAGUAAGGCCCUCAGCACACGGAGCGUAAGCGUAUCGUAAAAGCGAUACGAGUAUACGAGACGCGUAGAGUUCUGUACCACUAGUGUAUAUUUCAUUCUAUAACGUGACGUGACGAACGCGUUUGUGUUAAGUGACAUUUUGUAUGAGAUAUAUGCUUUUCCAAAACGUCCCGCUUGGCUGUUCAAUUAUCAAUAUUUCAUACAAAAAUAGACAGAACGCAAACGCGAACGCUCGUCACGCUAUCAAAUUAAAUUUACACUCUGUUCUGGUUCUGGUUCUGGGCACCAAGCUUCGCGUAAGCGUAAUCAUUUUAUAAGUGAAAUCUCAUAAGUUGAAAUUAUGGCGUCACUGGCGUAGCGCUGUCGUUCUACGCGCGUAUUACGAUACGCUUACGCGUCUCUUACGCUCUUCGUAUGCUUAGGGCCUUAACCAAACUGUUUGUUAUGUAUAAAGUGAUAACUUGAAAUAUAUUCCUGCCUAUAUAUAUAUAUAUAUUUAUAUAUAUUUUUUAUAUAGCUCACGUAUGUACAAUCUUACAGCCAUAAUUCAUAAUAAAUAAAUAGUUAGUCUAUGGUAAUUUUAAUUAUUGAAAUUAGAGACCAGUGAAAUAUGGAAAAUGCAAGUCUAUAAAUUGACUAGUCUCUGAUUUCAGAUGGUAGCUGUACAUUAUGCUGAGUUUGGAGAUAAGAUUUUGUGUCAAUUUAAUGAAUUAUAAUAAUUGUACUCCCAUAUGAUAUUAUUCUGUAUAGUUUGUUAUAGAUAUACAAUUGGAAUUAGUGCAAUUCGAUCAAAUUAUAAUACAAGUUACUUAAAGUUUUUAUUGUAUUAAAUAAAAAUGGGGGUAAAAAGAAACUGCCUAUUGAAAAAACUGAAUAUAUAAAUAUUUCGACAGAUUUACACAAGUGUAUGAAAUUUAAUGAAUAAUGGCAAAAUUGUUAUUGGUUCACCUAAAAAUAUUGAUUUGAUCGAAUUUGAAGGCAUUUAAUAAAGUAGAUUUCAUAAAACUUGCCUAAAAAUAACAGAAGAAACAACAUGAACAUCUAUUUGUACAUGUUAUAGAAGUCAGACCGUAAAAAUUUACAUUACAUUUGUAGCAUUACUACAUUCAAAUAUCAACCUUAUUUCCUAUGCGAGAUGAUGCAUUCUUGCCUGAGCGCAUCACCUAGCCAACCUAUAGGUAUAAUAAGAUGAAUCUCUAACGCAUUAUAAAAUUACUACUGAUUUUGGUACAAAGUAUACAAUAGUAGAUUUUAUUAAAUAUCACUUUUGAAAAUAAGUCUGGACAAUAUACGAUCAUUUACAUUUUUUUGCUUUCAUAAGUAGGUACUGAAAAAAUUAAAAGCGUUAGAGAUAGCGGCAAGUAAAUAUUAAAACUGAACGACGAUCUUUGUAUUGGAUGCGAAUAUGUACGUUCGUAUUUACGUUACAUGUCCGACUGUUCGUCUUUGGGUCAGACUUACAUAAUAAUUAACUAUCUAUACCAAAUUUCAACUUGAUUGAUCCAGUAGUUUCGGAGCAAAUAGUACCGUUUUUUCCUUUUGAGGCACGGAACCCUAACGGCGACUUGAUUGGAGUCUUUAAUAUUUACUGGUCUCUGGCUCUUUAAAAUCCAACAUUAUAAUUAUUUCUGCGGAAGCAGGCGAGUUAGGCCAUAAUAUAUCAUAAAAUAUGGUUGCAUGUUCAGGUACAGUGUAAUAAAUAAGAGGGCAUUAAGAUAAUGUUAUCACUUGUUAGUAUUAUUCCGCCAGUUUUAUUAGUUUUCUGUUUUAUCAAUACGUCCACUUAUGAUACUUAACUAGCGAAUCCACACAAAUUUGCUGCCUCGUUGGGCAACUCUGUUGACAAGUGCCACGUCCGAGGCAUUGUGGCCACGCGUGUGUUUGCAGUCUUCGCGCGGCAGUUUCCUCACGUGGACCCGCCGUAGCCCGUAGGUACUACCUAAUUGUAUUAUGUCUUUCCAUUUGAAAAAGGACCAUAGGAAUAUUAGCGUCAAUCCCUUAUGCAGUAAUAGUCAGACCAAGAUAAGUUGGCAGUGAUUUUGUUAGCCCAGCCUGUGCAAGUGUUAAGUAAGAGUCAUAAUUUCAUAGAAGUUUGACGUUAAAAAUGACACUUGCACUGUCUAGUCUGGCAACUUGGUCCGACUCUACAUAUCUACGCGUCUGGUUCCUUUAUUUCAUUUGGAGGCAUAUUACUAAUUAAGAUUAAUGUAAUAUUAUUUGCUAAAUUCUCUCAUUUUUGCGCUAAAGGAGCCCACAGUCCGCUAAGCUACCUAAUCUAAAGAGUUGACGUAGUAAUCUAGGAAAAAGUCAAAUACGGCAAAGAUAACCAGAAUCAACCGUUGAGACAUAUAUAUAUAUUGUCCAUAUAUAUAUGUAUGGACGGACCAUACGGGCAAUAAGAAUGGGGCCAGUACAGCGGUGUCACGCACACGAAUUGGAGCCAAUCGUGCAGUCUAACGCCACGACGCGAUUGGUUGAUCAGUUCGCAUCGCGCGCGCGAUUUGUCGCAACUAGUUGCGUUAGACUGCACGAUUGGCUCGAAUUCCUGAGUGACACCGCUCAAAUAGCUAUUCUUAGUGCCCGUAAGGCCCGUCCUUAGAUACCUAUAUGUCAAGAAUCAACAGCUUGCGUUUUAUUUGCAAGAAGAUUAGUGCCAAAAUUAUAGUAUGUUUCUUAAGCAAUUUAUAACUAAUUAGCUAGCAAAAACUACAUGUUUGAAAAUAAUUUUGUUUAUGUACAUUUUCAGUAAAUUGUUUUUAAUGUAUUAUGAGAUUUAUGAGAAUUUGUAAUGCAAAAAUAUAUUUUAAUUAUAAAUAAUGUUAUGUGUAAUAUUAGGACUAUGUAUAAUGCGUUAAGUAGGUAGUAUAAAGUAUGUUUUAGGAUUGCAUUUCCGACCUUUAAGUUGUGCUAGCUCCGUUGCUCAAUAUUAAAUAAGCUUAAAAUAAUGUUUUUUCUCCACUAUACCAUAAUACCGACAUAUCCAUGAAAACAAGUUCGAAAUAUCGCUUAUAAAUAAACCUGAAGGUACGUCUUUACAUAGAAACAUGUUAGAAGAGCAAACCGGUCAAAAAUGAAUAAAAUAAUCUAUACUUACUUCACUGGCUCAGUGACGCAAACAGGACCUUGGCCUCUGACACGAGAGCGCCACUCUGCCCUAUCCUGCGCCACUUUACGCUAGUUGCGUAUUCCGAGGGCGGACAGGUCUUUUAGGGCUUCGUCACUCCAGGGGCAGGGUAGUCGUAUAAUCUAGGUAUUAUGAUUAUAUAAAGUAGUGGAAGAUAUUCUAAUUGUGAGAAUCUUCCAUUCUUUGUAUUUAAAACUGCAUACCUUGAAGCAUAGUAGAGAUAACAACUGUUGCUGAAUACGGGUAGUACUUAUUUCUUUGCAGUGAAGAUUCCAAAUAGAAAUAGUCAUUACUUAACUAUGUCAAUAAUGGUAAUGACAACCUUGCUUGAUUAGAUUAUUCUCACUUCUAUUUUCUACCUGGAGACGUAGCAUAAUAUAGAUCGUGUCAUUCACGACGACGCGCGCCUUGACUUGUAUUGUCAUGUUAUUAAAGAUUAGAUUUGACACAUCUGCGCGUCAUCGUGGAUGACACGCAUUAUAAUACUUUCAUAAGGUAUACCCAUUUUUACAGCAUAUUGGUGUAAAAAGCUGUAAAUGAAAUAAAUGUUUUAAUUUUUCAAAUAA